GUGAGCAUGCGCGGCAGCAAGAAGGCGCGGGUUGCUAGUUUGCAGCUCGGCUUGGCGAUUAUUGUGCUUUAAAAACCUGCCGGGCCAUGCAGCGUCUUUCCCGUUGGGAUCCUGUGCAUCUAGGCCGGCUUUUCAGUAAGUGCCCUAGCUGCGUUGUGUUGGCAGCCGACGUCACGCGGGGAAGAAGGUGCCUGUGAGGGGCGUACCCUCUGCCAUGAAGAAGAUUUUUGGCUUCAGGAGUAAGGGCCCAUCGCCCUUAGGCCCCUCUGGCGGCUCGCGCAGCAACUGCGUGGGCUUUGGACGUGAGAGUGCUAGUGGCUCCCACGUGCCCAGGUACCACAUUCACGACAAGGAUAUGGGCAAGAUCCACAAGGCUGCAAGCGUGGGAGAUGUAGCCAAAGUGCAACAUAUCCUUAUCCUUGGGAAAAGUGGCGUGAACGAUAGAGACAAGAAGGACAGGACUGCUCUACAUCUUGCCUGUGCUUACGGCCAUCCAGAAGUGGUGACUCUCUUAGUAGAGAGAAAAUGUGAGAUAGAUGCCCGUGACAGCGAGAACAACACGGCCCUCAUUAAGGCCGUACAGUGCCAGGAAGAGGAAUGUGCAGCUAUACUGCUGGACCACGGGGCUGAUCCAAAUGUGGUGGACAGCAGCGGCAACACCGCCCUCCACUACGCGGUCUACAGUGAGAGCACGUCCAUAGCAGCCAAACUGCUCGCACACAGUGCGAACAUAGAAGCCAAAAACGAGGAUGACCUAACACCUAUGUUACUUGCUGUAAAGGAAAAUAAACAGCAUAUUGUGGAAUUUUUAGUAAAGAAGAAAGCAAGUAUUCAUGCAGUUGAUCAGCUUGGAAGCAACAGGCAAAUAUUUGAAUAUGAUGGGAAGAGACUAAAAAGUUCUGAGAACAGCAAUCCAGUGGAUAAUGGUUCUGAAGAUGGCUCUUUAACCAGGUCUUAUAACACUCCUGGUCCUGCUGAUUCCUGGCCGACAUCAGAUGAGGAGGACUAUAGCUUUGACACCAAGAAUGUCCCCAAAAUUAAUUUGACAGAGUUGUGGACAGCUGCUCAGCAGUCUAAGAAAAACCAAACAAAAUGUGGCUUUAAGGAACUAGACAAUGGAGCCCGGUUUGAUGACAGUAAUUCCACUAGUGAAAGUGACGAUGCCAUUGAGAUUGAAUCUGCGCCACCAGUCAGAGUCCAGACCCUCUCCCCAUCCCGCCAGUCACCUGACCCUGUGCUAGGAGCACCCGAGCCAGCAAUUGAAGGAGAAGAAAACGGUACUGAUAUUAUUGAGAGCACUUCACAGGAGCAACCAAAUCGUGACAAUUUAACCCGUGCUGACGGUUGGCACAAAAGUAAUAAAAGUGAAAUGAUGUCUGCGUUAGGAUUAGGAGAAGACGAAGAUGAAGACUCGCCUUGGGAUUCUGAGAGUGUCUCCGAGAGUGUUUCACUGAAAGACGUAGGUCACUUAUCUGGAACUGCAGAUCAGACAGGAAAACGGAGAGUACAUGGACAGAUAGAAGAUGUGACUUAUGUACCUUCUUGCAUGAGUGGAUCAAGAAGCUUUAAGAUGGCUAAACUAGAGGAGUCAAGAAAUGUAGGCAUUCCAGUAGCCCACAUGGAGGCCCCCAGGAAAUAUGCAAUCAUGGAGCCUGCCAUGGAAAGGAGGGCUCCUGCUCUGAACAGAACAGAGACAGUGGGAAGGAAGGAUGCACAGACUGUCAAGUCAGAGCCAGAAACAGUAUCAAGAGAAGAACAGACAAGGCUCAGUGGCAGUGAGGACACCCAGCAGAAGGUUGAAGAAAAAACGUACAAAAAUAAUGAAGCAGAACUCUCAGGAAGUCUGUAUAGUGGUGCUGCUGACAGUGGUGCUGCUGUAAAGCCACAGAAUGGAGACACUGAUAACCAGCAGGCUCCCAGGGAGGGGACUGAGGGACGUGGCAGUGGUCCUGCCUUGCCUAUGAAGGAAGCAAAGAAAAUGGGAAAUGAAAAAUGGGUAUCCAGAGAGCCUGCAAGGACAGCAGUGAGUGAGUGUGCUGGCUUGCCACAAAUGCAGGACGGUUCCUGCUGGAGUGACACAGACCAAAGUGAAGCCAGGCCCACAAAGAAAACAUCUAGUAAACAUAACAAGGACAGCGGGCAGACAGCUGCUGUGGACAACCUUGACGACUUCACUGAGUCAUCUGAAACAGCCUCUGAGGACCAUGAGCUCCAGGGCCCUGAUUACGAGAGCAUUUUGUGUGAAAUUGAGCAUCUCAGACUGGAGUGUAAAGAUACUGUUAGUCUAUUGAAAAUCCGGGACGCCAUUUAUUCAUAUAAAAGAUUAAUAGAACUUAAAAGAAGCCACUGUGAACUACUUACAGGAAAACUGAAAAGAAUGGAAAACAAAUAUAAGGGAUUACAGAAGGAAGUGUCGGAGACAGAAGACGUGAAGUCACGGUUGGAGCAUGAAAAGGUCGGAUGGGAACAGGAGCUCUGCAGGCUGAGAUUUGCACUGAAACAAGAGGAAGAGAAGAGGAGAAGUGCAGACCAGCUUUCUGAGAAAACCAUGGAGCAGCUUAGAAGGAAAGGGGAGCAGUGUCAGAGCGAGGUGGAGGCCAGGCAGCAGCUUGAAGCCUCUCUCAGAACCCUGGAGAUGGAGCUGAAGACGGUGAAAAGCCAUCUCAGCCAGGUCUUAGAGGAGCGAAAUGAGACUCAGAGGCAGCUCUCCCGAGAACAGAAUGCCAGAAUGUUACAAGAUGGGAUUCUUGCAAGUCACCUCUGCAAGCAAAAGGAGAUAGAAAUGACGCAGAAGAAAAUGACUUCUGAGGUUUCUGUUAGUCAUGAAAAAGAAAAAGAUCUAUUGCAUAAAAACCAGAGGCUGCAGGAUGAAGUUGCCGUGUUAAGACUGGAAAUGGACACAAUACAAAACCAUAACCAGGAGAAGGAAAAGAGGUAUCUUGAAGAUAUUAAGAUUGCAAAUGAGAAGAGUGAUAAUCUUCAAAGGAUGAUAAAGCUGAAUGAAGAAACAUUUACAAAAACAAUAUUCCAGUAUAGUGGACAGCUUAAUAGUCUUAAAACUGAGAACACAAUGCUGAGUUCUAAGCUGGACAACGAAAAACAAAAUAAGGAGAGGUUGGAAACAGACGUUGAGUCGUUCCGAUCUAGACUGGCUUCUGCUCUGCAUGAUCACGCUGAAAUUCAGACAGCAAAAAGAGACCUAGAAAUUGCUUUCCAGAGAGCAAGAGAUGAGUGGUUUCGUUUGAAAGAAAAGAUGAAUUUUGAUAUGUCUAACCUCCGAGAUAACAAUGAAGUUCUCUCCCAACAACUUUCUAAAACGGAAAGAAAAUUGAAUAGCCUAGAAAUCGAGUUUCAUCACACAAAAGAUGAGCUUCGAGAGAAGACACUGGCGUUAAAGCAUGCACAGAGAGACCUGAGCCAGACCCAGUGCCAGAUGAAGGAGGUGGAGCACAUGUUUCAGGACGAGCAAGGGAAAGUGAGUAAGUUCAUGGGGAAGCAGGAGUCCAUAGAGGAGAGGCUGGCCCAGCUGCAGAGUGAGAACACGCUGCUCCGGCAGCAGCUGGACGACGCUGCCAACAAGGCGGAGAGCAAAGACAAGACCAUAGUCAACAUCCAAGACCAGUUCCAGGAUGUGCUAAACAGGUUCCAAGCAGAGAGUCAGAGGCACAGCCUGAGGCUAGAAGACAGAAACCAGGAGUUAAUCAGUGAGUGCAGUCAUCUAAAAGAAAGAAUGUGUCGGUACGAGAAUGAGAAAGCAGAAAGAGAAGUAGUUGUGAGGCAACUCCAGCAAGAACUGGCCGAUACCCUAAAAAAGCAGUCGAUGUCAGAGGCUUCACUGGAAGUCUCCUCCCGCUACCGCAGCAAUUUAGAAGAAGAGGUGCGAGACUUAAAGAAGAAAUUAGGUCAGAUCAGAAGUCAGUUGCAGGAGGCACAGGAUCAACACAGAGAAGCUGUACAACAUGCUGAGAAGAUGGAAGACCACCUACAAAAGCUUGAACUUGAAAAAUCCACGUUUGAAAUUACAAUUAAAAAGCAAUCAGAGGAAAUUGAACAACUUCAGGAAAACCUGUCAAGGGUGAAUUUGUCUGAAGAGGAUAAGGAAAAACUGCAGAAACUUACCGAGUUGAAAGAGUCUCUGGAAUAUACCCUGGAUCAAGAACAGAAGAGAAGUGGUGCGUUAGAAAAGGAACUGACAGAAUUUAAGGAAGUCUUAAAAAUGACCAAAAAAGAAUUAAGUGAAUAUGAAAACAGAGAACUUAAUCUUCGUCAAGAUAUAAAAAGCAAUCAACUUGAAAUGGAUAUCCCAGUAAAUACACUAAUAAAAAAGAUUGAUGAUCUUACAGCAAAACUGGAAUCUACAUCUUCAAAAUGUCUACAUCUGGGUAAAAAAAAUCAGCUGCUUCAGCAGGAGUUACUAUUGAUGAGAACUAUACAAAAGAAGUGUGGGAAACUAGAGAAGAAUAAGAAGCAAUUGGAGCAGGAGGUCAUGAACCUCAGAAGUCACAUGGAGAAGAACAUGGUGGAGCACAGCCAAGCGCAGCAGUACGCGCGGGAGGUCGAAGAGCGCGCGAGGCAGGACUUGGUGGAAAAGUUAAAACAAGUCAACCUCUUCUUGCAGGCUCAAGCAGCAUCCCAGGAGAACUUGGAGCAGUUAAGAGAGAACAGUAACGCUUCCGUUAGAAGUCAGAUGGAGCUCAGGAUUAAAGACCUGGAAUCCCAGCUCUACAAACUGAAAGCCCAGGAAGACUUGGAUAAAAUAGAACUAGAAAAGUAUAAGCAGCUCUACCAGGAAGAGUUCAGAGCUAGGAAAGCGCUGUCCAGUAAACUAAACAAGACCAGUGAGAAGCUGGAGGAGGCCAGCACCAAGCUGCUCCUGGAGGAGCAGCAGAACAGGUCUUUGCUGAGCACUCUGAGUACAAGACCUGUUGUAGAGUGCCCUUGUGUUGGAAAUCUCCAUAAUAGUUUGGUAUUCAACAGAACUCUUAUUCCAAGAGAAAAUAUAGUGGUUCCUACCUCAGGCCUACAGCCAUCAAAUAAAAGAGUGGAGAUCUACCUGACCAAGAUGCAUCAAGAGUUGGAAAAAAGUAUAAAUAGAGAACUUAAAGAAGCUGCUGCUGAACUUGAAUCUGAGUCCUGCAGGGUUUCUCCCCUUGGACCUGCUGCUAAACCAAGCCAAGAUCUACUCUCAGGAGCAUCGCAAGAAUAUAUAGACAUUCUAAAGAGAAAAUAUAUGAUCUGCUGAAUUUAAAAAGAGAAGAUGAAAGAAAAAGUAGAAGUGGGACUCUUUGGGAGAAGGACCAAAGGAGGAGCGGGUCAGAGAAGAUAAAGGGCAUGUGCCAUGUGUCCGAAGUGUCUCCGUGGCCUGGGUGUGGUGGCGAGGCCUGGGUGUGGUGGCACGUGUCGUCUUUGACUCCAGCACUUAGGACGCAGAGGCUGGUAGAUCUCCGAAUUCAAGGGCAGUAAGAGCUACAUGUCUCACACAGAAAAUAAAGUCAUAAUGAAACCUACUAUUUUGUACAAAUAAUAUACAUUAAUAUAUAUGAUCUAAAAUAUAACAUUUUGGGCUGGAGAGAUGGCUCAGGAGUUUGAGAACACUGGCAGCUCUUCCAUAGGUCCUGAGUUCAAUUCCCAGCAUCCAUAUGGUGGCUCUAACCAUCUAUAAUGUGAUCUGGUGUCCUCUUCUGGUGUGUAGGGUUAUGUGCAAAUAGAACACUCAUAGACAUAAAUAAAUCUUUAAAAACAGAAAACAAAGGUAUAAAUGUUUAUUAAAAUAAGUAAAACAUAUUUAUUAAACUGUUUAUAUAUUUUAAUUGUAUUACCAUAUAACUUGAAAACACGAGAAGAACUUUCUCAUCAUAUGUAUUAGAAAUUAAUAAACCUCGAGUUUUUUGGUGGUCUUAAGCAGAUUUUGCAAGUAUUAUUAAACCAGUAUUACCAACUUCUACUUACAAAAACACACUAAAGCAAGUUGUUCCAACAACCAUGUUAUCAUGAAUAUUUUGGUGGGGUGAAAUACCAUCUUUGUGUUUAUAUUUUUCUAUUUUUGUCACUAUGCAUGGGCCAAAAGAUUUAGCCAGACCUCAGUUCAGAAUGCUGCUGCCUUGGCCACUGUUAAUGUUUUCACAGUUCCCAGCCAUAGUGUCGCCAUCAAACUUAACUUUAAUUUUAAGCACUGAUCAUUCUUGAUCGUGUAGAAAAACAAGAUGGCCUAAGGCUUUUCACCAAGGCUGAUUAUUCAUUUGCUCGUUCAUCCUUGAUAGUUUUUUUAAGUCAUAAAAUUAAGGAGAAGUUUAGAUAAUUCUAUCCUGCUCGUCUGAACCAUUUGAGAGAGCCUUGCUGCCGGCCAUUGUCACUCCUUGACUACUUCAGUAUUUAUUGUAGUUUACAACGCUCUAAGUAACUGUAGUGUCACCUUUCUAAUGAGGAGGCUAACACUAACAGAUCCUGAAGCUUAAUCCUCAGAUUCCUCUCCAGCUUGGCUUCUUCUCUACAGUGUCCUUUGAUAAAGACCGGUCCCAUUCACGUCGAUGGGUCCCGGGUUCUGAAGUUCUUAGACUCCUUCAGUCUGGAACAUUGUUCAGUCUUUCCUUGACUUUCACAAUCUUAAAUCUUCAAGGAACAAUUCGUGUAGUAUGUUCUUGAAUUGAAUUUUCUAUUUCAUUAUGUUUUAUCAUACGUUCCUUGACAAAAGUAUUACAGAACUAAUUUUUCUCACUUAAUCCUAUUAUGUGAUCUAUAAUAUAGAUUUUUUUCUGUUAUUAUGAUGUUGAUAUUGAUCACUAGAGCAAUUACUGUUUUUCCUCUAUAUAUUUACUUUUGUAAUAAUUGAUAUGUGGAGAGAUAAUUUGUGACUGUAAAUAUCUGUUUCUUAUCAAAUGUACAAUAUAUCCAUUUACUAGUAUUCAUGUAGAUUAAUGGCUCUUUAUUUUUAUUUAAUGAGGUAUAAGUUGUUGAUAACAAAUUAUUUUUAUAUUUUAAUAAAUUAAAUUUUUGAGAAUUUCA